AUGGUGAAAUAUUCGAAAGCUUUGAGAUAGAGAAGUCGAAAAUAUGAUAAAAUUACAUAGGAAGAACGAGUUUAAAUAGUAUAAAUGAAAGAAAAUGGUUCAACUUGCAGAGAGAUUAGUGAGAUAAUGAAUAAAAAUAUAAAAACUAUCUAAUCGAUUAAAUCGAUCGAGAAGAAAUCAGAAUAUGCUGAUUUGAAAAAGGCUUUAAUUGAUUUUGGAUUUCAAAAAAUAAUGGAAAUGCAAUAACUAGAUAAAAGGAAUUCUAAGAUCAUCGGGAAGUAAGCAAGUAAACUUAUUAAGGAGCAACUAGAAGAGAAAACAUCAGAUUUUUGGAAUUUAAUUCCAGAGUAAAAAAAGUUCUCAAAUAAAAGAAGAAUUAUAUAACAGAUUGUAUUGAAUAUAGUUGAGAAAGUACAAAAUGUAACUCAUAAAACCAAUGACAAUCAUUAUUAAUAAACAACUAUUAUUACAAAGGAGGAGUUUGAGGAGAAAAAGGAUGAAGUUCCAAAUAUUUUGAUAGAAUAACCCAUCCCUCUACUUAUAGCAAAGGCUUAUUAUAGACUGAUGUCUUUGUUUAUACCAACAAAAAAUUUCUAUACCUGUCUAUAAUGA